CGAAACAUAUUAUUAUACGGAGUUGCAUUUGGAAACUCGGUUUUUCUUCGGGGGGGUUAUGAUGACCUAGUCCUCCUGUGUGGGAUGGGAUGGGACGGAACGGAACGGCUGGAGUGUCCGGCUGGACGCAUUUUAGGCGUUUUCUGGUUUUCUUUGUUCGAUUCGCACAGGCCCCUAUACCCUGUUCAUGUGGCCGCGACUUUGGUAUGGUAUACGCAAUGGAUCACCUAUCUAUCGUUAUUUCAUUUGAAAAAGUGUCUGUGGUGAUUGGAGAUCUGGCUGAUGGAUUCUUGACAGCACGGAUUUACGUGUGAAAAGAGAGGUGGAUAUGGCUAGUAAGUGCAGGACUGGCGAGUAUGAAUCUAUCUAUCUAAAAGAGUAAUAUAAUAUAACUUGAGAAGUUUGAAAUAGGGGUAUGAAAAGACGGAAAGCUG